UUGAUAAUUCCAUUUUUUUAACGGCCUGUUUCUCAGUCUGCCUUAUCAAUACUUAUUCAGUAACUUGUAUGAGUUUAUUAGCAAAGUUUCAAUAAGUUGGAUUAGUCAAAAAUUUUUAUUGCAGACAUAGAAUUUACCUUGCUUUAAUUCAUUUUUCAACAUGUCAACAAACGGCAUUUUAUGUAAGGUGAGAAAGUUAAGUAAUAUUUUUAUUACACAGCGCAGUUCUUGUGAAUGCCCUAAUAAAUGUAUAAAAACUCAAUGGGAUAUAACACAAGUCAUGGGCUGCAACGGCAAGAAUUUAGUUAAAUAUGGUGUACUAGUGUUGAAUCGUCCUAUUUUACAAAAACCUAAUUUCAUUAAAAAAUUCUGGAAUAAUGCUAGUGUAAGAAUAACUGUUGAUGGUGGGACUUGCCAGUGGGAUAAAUUUUUAAAACUACUACCUGAAGAAGAACAACAAUCUAUUCAGUUACCAGACCUUGUUACUGGCGACUUUGAUUCAAUAACAGAGGAAGUGUUACAGAAAUAUAAAAAGAAAGGUUGUAAGAUAAUACACACACCAGAUCAAGAUCAUACAGAUUUUACGAAAGCUCUCAUGGAAUUAAAUAAAUACUGCACAGAACAUAAAACUGAGGUAAAUCAUGCAGUAGCGAUUGCCCAGGCUUCGGGCAGGAUUGACCAAAUAUUAGGGAAUGUACAGACAUUGUAUCUUGCUAAGCUGAAACAAUUGGUACCGUCGACUAAAGUUUACUUAAUGUCUGAUGACGCGGUAUCCUGGUUGUUGUUCCCAGGGGAACAUAUUAUAUUCAUACCAGAAGAGACUCGGAAACAUAAGAGAUCAUGGUGCUCUUUAGUACCUAUGGGAGAAAUAUGUGAUACUGUUACAACUAGUGGACUCAAAUGGAACUUGAAUAAUACAAGACUAAAGUUUGGUGAAUUGGUGAGUACUUCAAAUGCUUUUGAUGGAUCUGAACAUGUUACAGUUAAAUGCAGUCACACAAUAUUGUGGUCAAUGAAAAUACCUGGAACAUGUUGACAAUAAAGGGGUGCGCAGAGAACUCGCAUAGAUUAAUUUCUGUUAAUGAAUUUAAUUUAAUUACAUAAUGGAUUAUCUGUUAUAGGGUUAUUAGUUACUAUAGGUUGUGUUAAAUUAUCUCCUCAUUUAUACAUUAUUGUUUGAAAAUGGAAUAA